AUGGACCUCGCGCAACUGGUGGAGACGCUGGAGCGCGAGCUUGGACGAGACCCCGAGCUCGCCAUUAAGCACAAGCCCAAGCUCCAGCAACUGCUCGAAGACUUCCCCGUGAACAUGGAGGAGCUGCAGCGCUUUGCGCACUUCGACCCGUCGCGUAACUACACGCGCAACCUCAUCUCCACGGACAACGAGACGUACGCGCUCAUGCUGCUGUGCUGGAACCGAGGCAAGUACAGCCCGAUCCACGACCACCCGACGGACGGGUGCUGGGUCAAAGUCAUCCAGGGACACGUGAACGAAGUCCGGUACCAGAAGCAGGACGACAAGCUCGUGGAGACGUCCAACAUCGUCCUCACCUCGGGGGUCACGUACAUGGACGACUCGUUCGGACUGCACAAGGUGGGCAACCCCAGCCAGGAGUGCGACGCCAUCUCCAUGCAUCUGUACUCGCCCCCGUACGAGAAGUGCCGCGUCUGGUUCGACACGGAAGACGCGGACAAGUCGUCGGUGUCGGUGGCCAACUACUACACCGAGUACGGCGAGAAGGUCGAGUUCUCGUAA